AUGUCGUCAUCAGGUACAAACAAUACUAGUACUAAUUUAGAUGCUAUUAAUGCUCUCAAAUACAGUCAAAAUUUGUUUAUUCAAGUUUGGUGUUUUACAAUGUUUUCUUUUGGUACUGUCGGUCAUAUAUUAAGCAUUUAUGUGUUUACACGUCGUUCACUUUAUUCAAAUCCAUGUGCAAAGUAUUUUUUGGCGUCAGCAAUUGCUGGUAUGAUUGUUGUCUAUACACUUGUACCUCUGCGUCUUCUUCAAUAUGUAUAUAAAAUUGAUGCUUUUGCGAGCUCCGAUGCAAUGUGCAGAAUUCUGUCGUGGUUUGUGAAUUGGAUAAAAACUCUACCAUCAUGGUUUAUCGUACUUGCUUGUGCCGAUCGGUUAGUAUUACAAUCGAUUAACUAA